AGAGGCGAGAGCUGCUGCGCGGCACUUUUUCUUCGACGCUGUGGAGAUGUCGUUCCCGCAGCUCGGCUACCCGCAGUAUUUAAGUGCCUCCCAGGCGGUGUACGGCAGCGACAGACCGGCCGUGCUGACGCCUUCGUCCCGCGGAGGGAGCGGCGAAAUCCCCGGAAGCCCCUCGGCCACCGCCGCCGCGGCGGUCACGUCGGUCCUGGGCAUGUACGCCAACCCGUACGCGCACAACUACAGCGCUUUCUUACCGUACACCAGCGCGGACCUGGCUCUCUUCUCUCAAAUGGGAUCCCAGUACGACUUGAAGGACAGUCCUGGUGUUCACCCUGCCAGCUUCGCUGCUCACACCUCCCCAGCCUUCUAUCCAUACGGACAGUUCCAGUACGGCGACCCGGCAAGACCCAAGAACGCCACGCGGGAGAGUACCAGUACCCUGAAAGCCUGGCUCAACGAGCACCGGAAGAACCCGUACCCGACCAAAGGGGAGAAGAUCAUGCUGGCCAUCAUCACCAAAAUGACGCUGACGCAGGUCUCCACAUGGUUCGCAAACGCCAGGAGGAGGCUGAAGAAGGAGAACAAGGUGACCUGGGGGAGCAGGAGCAAAGAGGACGGGGAGGACGGCAACUUGUUCGGCAGCGGGGACGAGGCGGAGAAAAACGAAGACGAGGAGGAGAUUGAUUUGGAGAGCAUAGACAUCGACAAAAUAGAUGACAACGACGGGGAUCAAAGCAACGAGGAGGAUGACGACAAAUCCACCGAGGGGAGCAGGGAGCACAGAGGGAGAUCAGGUGCUGGGGGAGAGCUGGACAGCUUGGAGAAACGACGGACCUUCUCCCUGCAGGCCCACGAGGCCUUCGACAAAUCUAAGAGCGUGCUUUCGCUGCAUCCGGGGAGUAAGGAAAACCCGGACGGGAGCAUCACCAACACGAGAGUCCUGAGUCCGGACAGAGCCGGAAGCUUCCCUCUGCAGAGCAUCAACAAACCCAAAAUCUGGUCAUUAGCAGAAACAGCCACCAGUCCUGACAGCUCCAGCCAGAAACCCACGUCCCCGUGCGGACCGGCGGGCGCCACUCACCCGUCAGCGCCCCAUCACCAGAUCCAGACUCACCCGGCUUUCCUGCCCAGCCACGGACUGUACACCUGCCAGAUUGGAAAGUUCCACAACUGGACGAACGGCGCGUUCCUGGGACAGAACUCCCUGAUCAACGUGAGGUCGUUUCUGGGCCAGCACCAUCACCACUUAGCGGCCCAGCAGCAGCAGCAGCCGUCGGUGGUGGUAUCGCCCGUAGCGGCUGCAGCGGCUCUCAGCAACGACAGCAAGGCGCCUCCAGAGACGCACAGUCCCAAGCACAUAGACCACGAAAACGGUGUAAGGUCUGAUUCACCCCCAUCACAGCCUCUGAAGUCUUCAUUUCGACCUCUUCACGACAGAUCCUCUCUGCCUUCCAGCGCCAGGACUCCUCCAGACGCCACGCAACGCAUCCUCACUGCUCUCUCCUCGGCUUGAUCAAGACAUAUUUUGCGCUUAAAAAAAAAGAAAAGAGAAAGAAAGAAAGUAGAAAAAGACUACCUUAAAAAAAGGACAAUGAGAAAUAACCUAAUGCAGCAUAACAUUCAGAACAAAUGGCGUAAUUUGGUCAUAUCCUGUGGAUGGAUGGAUUAAGUCCUCUAUUGUCGUGUAGCCUAUAAUCGCACCUAUAAUGUUAUUUUCUCUCUCUCUCUCUCUCUCUCUCUCUCUCU